UGUCUUUGUUGGAAAGGCGCUUUGAAAAGGGCGGCGUUGUCAGGCAGGACACUUCCGCGCGGCCAGUUCGUGUUCGCGCGCGCCGUGUCGCUCGGCUUCUCUUUAAAAAGGGAACUUCCAAAGAAAAAGAAAAGGAGGAAAAAAAAAAAACAGAAUUAAAGAGCUGUCAGAAGGAAAGCCCGUGAGGCACGAGCGCGUCACGGAAAAUCGGGAGCCCCCGGGGCACUGGCUGCAUUGUCCGAGCUCAUCCUGUUUUUAAAGAGCACUGACUGCUGGAGAACUGGUCGGAGCCCUGUGAACAGCUCAUCCGCGCGAUCAACCCGCAAGAACAUCCACACACCCCGUGAAGCGCAUGACAGGGGUCCCCGGGCGCGGAACGGGACGCGGAGGAACUUCUUUCCCUCUCUAGUUGCAGCAUCGCAGUGCCCAGCAGUGCCCAGCCUCAGCCCAUGGAGACCAACCCGAUCCCCGUGGUCACUGCGCAGACCAGCCCGUACGAUGACCAGCGGCCCGGGCCCGGCGGACUGCGGAAGAAGACGUCGGUGUUCGAAAGUAAGAGGAAUUACCUGCAGAACUACAUCCAGAGCGUGCUGUCCUCCAUCGACCUGCGGGACCGCCAGGGCAGCACCGUGGUGGUGGGCAGCGACGGCAGGUACUUCAGCCGCACCGCCAUCGAGGUCAUCGUGCAGAUGGCAGCCGCCAACGGGAUUGGUCGGCUGGUCAUCGGCCACAACGGAAUUCUCUCUACUCCGGCUGUGUCGUGCAUCAUCAGGAAGAUUAAAGCUAUCGGGGGGAUCAUCCUCACAGCCAGUCAUAACCCAGGGGGGCCAGGGGGUGAUUUUGGGAUCAAAUUCAACGUGGCCAAUGGUGGCCCCUCUUCCGACACGGUUACGGAAAAGAUCUACCAGGUCAGUCGAACUUUGGAGGAGUAUGCCAUCUGCCCUGACCUGCGGAUCGACCUUUCCAGACUGGGUCGACAAGAUUUUGAUCUGGAGAACAAGUUCAAACCUUUUCGAGUGGAGAUUGUGGACUCGGUGGAGGUGUACCUCAACAUGCUCCGUGGGAUCUUUGAUUUCAACGCCAUAAAGGGUCUUCUAACUGGACCAGAGCAGCUGAAGAUCAGAAUAGAUGCCAUGAAUGGAGUCAUGGGACCCUACGUGAGGAGGAUCCUGUGCGACGAGCUGGGGGCCCCGGCUAAUUCUGCUGUCAACUGUGUCCCCUUGGAAGAUUUUGGGGGCCAAUAUCCUGACCCCAACCUGACCUAUGCUGCCUCGCUAGUGGAGUCCAUGAAGGGGGGGGAUUUUGGGUUUGGCGCUGCCUUUGAUGCAGAUGGGGACCGCUGCAUGAUUCUGGGUCAGAACGCGUUUUUUGUUCACCCGUCGGACUCUGUAGCUGUGAUGGCUGCCAACACCUCCUGCAUCCCUUACUUUCGGCAGAUGGGGCUUCGUGGUUUAGCCCGCAGCAUGCCCACCAGCACAGCCCUGGACAAAGUGGCAAAGGCCUUGAAGUUGGCGCUAUAUGAGACACCAAGUGGUUGGAGGUUCUUUGGGAACCUGAUGGACUCUGGAAGAUGUUCUCUGUGCGGUGAGGAGAGUUUCGGCACAGGAUCGGACCACAUCCGUGAGAAGGAUGGUCUGUGGUCUGUGCUCAUGUGGCUUUCCAUCAUGGCCUCACGAAAGCAGAGUGUAGAGGAGAUUGUCAAGGACCACUGGGCAAAACUGGGGCGCAACUAUGUCUGCCGGUUCGAUUAUGAAGGAAUUGAGCCCAAAGUUGCCUUCUACCUGAUGAGGGAUCUUGAGGCUAUGAUCACAGACAAGACUUUCACCAGCCAGAAGUUUGCUGUGGGGAACAAUGUAUACAGUGUUGAGAAGGCAGACAACUUUGAGUACAUCGACCCAGUGGACGGAACAGUGGCCCGGAACCAGGGGCUACGAAUCAUUUUCUCAGAUGGGUCCAGACUCAUUUUUCGGCUGAGCGGCACCAGUGGUGGGGUGGGAGCGACUAUCAGGAUAUAUGCCGAGAGCUACGAGAGGGACCCCGAGAAACAUGGGAGAGAGACACAGGCUGUGCUAGGACCCCUAAUUGCCAUUGCACUGAAGAUAUCAAACAUCCAUGAGCGAACGGGGCGCCGCGGCCCCAGUGUCAUCACAUGAACUGACCCAACAUUUUGCACCAGGGGCCAAACAAUAGACAGUGAAUGAAUGUCCUGUUGCCCCCUCCUCUCCUUGUCCCUCACAAUGCACUGGUCCUCCAACACUGCUUUCCAGCUAAUGCCUAGCGUUUUCAUACUGUUCCUGCGAUGCUACUGCAGAUUGGUCACAUGAAAACAAUUUUAUUUGGUGAAGCAUCUUGUGCAACCGCUCACAAAGCUUAGUACAGAAAUGUUUUACAAUAAAAAGACUGGUUUAGCAAUUAAUGUACAAAAAAAUCAGAAUAUUACUCUUAAAACUCUACUGGAAGACUGAUAAGUAAACUACCAGAAAACAGUUGGAUACUUGACAAAUUUAAAAGUACAAAUUGUAGAAAACAAUUUGUGUUUACAUUUCACGGGCAAGUUAAGGGAAUAUACAUUAAAAUAUAGAAUUGAAAUGACCAAAAUUUUUGUUUGGAGGUAACAAAGAUCACAAUGGUGCGGUUGCAGCACUACCUAUCCGGUUUUUUGUUAUCUUGAGAGUUAUGAGUCUGUACUGCCCUCUGCAGCCUGACACCUAACAUUGAAAAAGUAAACACAAAUAAUUGAAAUUUGUUGGGGAAAAAAGUAACAUUUCAUAAAAUGGUUGUGUGCAAAGUAAAAAUGUACAUCUGGAAGUAAACUUGCAGCAUGUGUGUUGUAACCAAACAAUGCUUUUUUUAUAGUACUGCUCUACUCUGCUUUGUUGUGUAGUGAUUAUAUACAUUAAAAGGAUUAA